CAAACCCGCUUGCAGCAGCCUGGAGCCUGCGAGACCACUGUGCCUGGGCGGGCAGUGGGCGGAGAAGUGGGCGAAGCCCUUCGGUGGCGUGCCAGAUUUAGCCUAUGAGUGUGCAGAGAUCCGGGCUCGGACAGGUACUCGAGAUCAGCACAGCGGGCCAGCCCUGGAUCACGAAUCCCCGCCGCGUCCGAACCUCGGCUCAGCGAGUUGCCCGGAGGGGUGUGCUGGCGGCCUGCUUCCCGCACCACAGUGCCCGGAGGAUGGGCACGGCGCCCGGCCCGGCUGGCCCACCCCACCCCACCCCACCCUAGCCGGUCCGAUGGUGGUGUCAGGUGUCUACUGGCAAAAAAAACUCCUCCCGAGGCACUGCCCGCCUCUAGCCUGUGACUCAGCACCCUUGUGCAGAUCAACAGGACUUUUGCCCCUUGCCUGCUCCCAAGGCUCUGCCAGCUUCCCGGUCGGAUCCUUCCCUCCCGGGCCUGUCUGGAGCCCACCCAGGAUGCAGGGAGCUGCGGCCCACAGGGCCCACCAGGCCCCCAGCACGAUGGGCGCUCUGGGCCGGCCUGGCACCAUCCUGCUCACCUACUUGCUCGCCGCCCUGGAGCUCACCUGCCUCUUCAUGCAGUUCUCCAUCCUGCCGUAUCUGUCCCGAAGACUAGGCCUGGACCCUGUUGCCUUUGGCUACCUGCAGACCACCUUUGGGGUGCUUCAGCUGCUGGGUGGUCCUAUAUUCGGCAGGUUUGCAGACCAGCGCGGGGCGAGGGCAGCGCUCUCGCUCUCCUUCCUGGCGGCCACUGCCUUCUACCUGCUCCUGGCGGCCGCCUGUAGCCCGGCCCUGCCGGGCGUCCUGCUGCUCUUCGCCUCCCGCCUGCCCUCGGUACUCAUGCACACUCUGCCAGCCGCCCAGAUGGUCAUCACAGACCUGACUGAGCCGGAGGAGCGGCCUGCGGCUCUGGGCCGGCUCGGCCUCUGCUUCGGCGUCGGCGUGAUCCUCGGCUCCCUGCUUGGUGGGACCCUGAGCACAGCGUGCGGGCUUCACUGUCCGGCCGUUGUGGCUUCCAUGGCCAACCUCCUGGGAGCCGUCCUCAGCUUCACCUGCAUCCCUGCCAGCACCAAAGGGGCCAGUGUUAGUGCCCAGGCUGCCCAGCCAGGUGCACCCAAGCUCAGCGUGUUCGACCUGAAAGCUAUCACCCGCCUACUGUUGCUGCCCGGUGUCCUGCCCGUGUUCCUUGUGAAGGUGGCCUCUGGCUUCCCCUCAGGGCUCUUCAUGAUCAUGUUCUCCAUCAUCUCCAUGGACUUCUUCCAGCUGGAGGCAGCCCAGGCUGGCUACCUCAUGUCCUUCUUCGGGAUCCUCCAGAUGGUGAUCCAGGGCCUGGUCAUCGGGCGGCUGAGCCGACGCUUCUCGGAGGAAGCACUGCUCCGAGCUAGUGUGCUGGUCUUCGUCGUGGUGGGGUUGGCCAUGGCGCUGAUGUCCAACAUCCUCCACUUCUGCUUCCUGAUGCCUGGCCUGGUGUUCAGCCUCUGCGCGCUCAAUGUGGUCACUGACAGCAUGCUGACCAAGGCUGUCUCGGCCACAGACACAGGGACCAUGCUGGGCCUCUGUGCCUCUGUGCAGCCGCUGACCCGCACCGUGGGGCCCACUAUCGGUGGCCUUCUGUACCGAAGCUUCGGUGUCCCCAUCUUCGGCCAUGUGCAACUCGCCGUCAAUUUCGUAAUCUUCCUAUUCCUCUGGAGGAAUCCUGUGUCCCACAAGGGGGACAAAGCUCGAUGACCAUGGCCCCAGAGCACAGAUGGGCAAUAAAUUCCUUUGAGACCUCA